AGGGUAGAAAAUAUAGUUCAAAUCAGUCACCAACAAUAAAUCAUGUACUGUCAAAUAGUAAAAAAUAUUGAGUAGUGCUAUGUAAUAUAAAUUAACAUGUGGGAUACAGCAACACUAAAUAAACACGCGUAAUCACUGCAAAUAUCCGGAUAGGUUUCAAAUAUUGAUAAAAACACUGCUAUUGAAUUAACGCGUACACUUAAAACCUCUUCGAGUUUCAUUUAAUAGUGCUUCCAACUAAUCAUUUAUGAAUCAUUUUAUGGUAUGAAGAUUGGUUUAUUGUUUUUUAUCAUUUCGUUUACAUUAAGUGUCGUGGUUAAUAUUUAUUACUUUUAAUCCGUAUUUCAUGUGACACGAAUUAAUAAAUUGUCGUAGCGUCGGUGUCUUCAAUGGUUUACUUUCGAUCAUCAUUUGCAAAGGCCAAGCCUCAACAUGGCUUUUUAACGAUUGCCAAAUUGGCUACUUUGAGAUUUAUUUUAUUUCCGUAUUACGCCAAGUGGUGGUUGCAACACACUUCUAAGAAUGUUUUUAUUCUUAUAUUAAUAUUAUAUGCGACUCAAAUUAUAAAUGUUACUGUAUAUAGUUUCUAUAAUUAUUCAUCAGAAGCACAGAACCUGUCAUGUAUGGAAUUUGUGGUGCCUUUCAUUAUGAUGUGGAUACUGAGUUUGAUUCACUCACAAAUUGUGGCCACUCAUCAUGGGGUCGACACAAUGUUAAACGACGGCACUAAAUCAAGGCAGUUUAGACGUAGACGUAAUCAGUUUAGAGUUCAACGUAGCAAGGAAAAACUUGUUGAAACCAGAUGCGACAGUGCUAGCUCUGUUAAAAGUAAAAAACUUAAAUUUAAUGACGUAGUUCGUGUUGAUAACGCUGAACAAAGAAAUAGAUCUCAAUUGAACCUAGUCCUUAACGCUCACCAUGAUGAUGAUGGGUUCGAAAGCCUUAACGGCAACGGUUCGAGGACCAGUGAAGAGGAAGUAGUUCCUGCAUUUUCUUUAGUACAAAACCUUACAGAUAAGACUAAAGCAGAAAGUGAUAAAGAUGUUGAUAAUGAUGAGGUCGCGUCUAAUUGCAGCUCGAGAAACAAAUGUGCGACCUGGAUCAAAAGUCAGCUAAAUGACACACCCUUUAGGAGAGUUGCCAACACUGACUCCGAAAGCGAUAAGGAAUCAGAUUGCAAACAACCAAUGCAAGGCAAGAGACGCAAUUCCCGUAUUCCUACAAUAAAUGUGCACCACACCUGCGACACUGAGGAUGAGGUGCUCUCGUCCCCCGACCUUGUCCACGGGGAUUUGAUGCACGAGGAUCUGUUAUCGUCGGCCAACGAGUGGACUACCGGUAUUACCACAAAUAGCGAGGACUGUAGCAUCACGGACACAGAUACGGACGAUGUGGCGGAUGUCCAGGGUUCUGAAUACAUGUCCAUGGAGUACGACAACGAUUUGGCUCCAACUGGAAUUUUAAACUCUUCAGCCGUUAAAGUUAGUUGUAUUUUAUGGGAACGAAAUGAAAUCAACAAGGCAGAUCUCUCCAUGCUUGAUAUUAGCUCCGCAAUUAUUGGACGGGUACACGCCAUGCCAGAACGGAUGGAUUAUUUUUAUGUUGGAAUGGUAAUCUCCACAAUUUUGGCAUUCCUUCCAGUAAUUUGUUUCUUCUGCAAUUGUAAUGAAAUCCCAACUACUACAUCAAACCAAUAUUUAGUCACAGACUUGUGGAAGAACGUCUCCUCUCAAGUGCCCAUUUUCACGGGCUUAGAUUGGUAUAAAAGUAUAAGUGCGGAAAUGUUAAGCAGUUUAUUUGAAUUCGCUUUUGGAAUAUCAUUAUUUGAGAAGAGUAUAUUGAUAAUUGCCAUGCUCCAGAGGUUAAUACUAGGCGCUUUAAGUUUUUUUCUGUUGUCUGUGGCAGAGCGGACGUUCAAGCAGCGGUUUCUCUACGCCAAAUUGUUUUCUCAUCUAACUUCAUCUCGCAGGGCUAGAAAAUCUGAAUUACCCCAUUUUAGAUUGAAUAAAGUGCGGAAUAUUAAAACUUGGCUGUCGGUGAGGUCGUAUCUGAAAAGAAGAGGCCCUCAAAGGUCAGUAGAUGUGAUAGUAUCAACAUCCUUUGCCGUAUGUCUGCUGCUGUUGAUCUUUCUUUGUUUUGAAUUAUUAAAGGAAACAAUAAACUUCUCUCAAUAUUACCUAGAAGCUCUCAUUUGGUGUCUUGGAUUAGGAAUAUUUCUUCUUCGCUUCAUGACACUUGGAACAAAAAUAAAUAAGAAGUAUAGAAAUCUUUCAGUUCUCAUAACAGAACAAAUCAAUUUGCACUUGCAAAUUGAACAAAAACCGCAUAAAAAAGAAGAAUUAAAUGUUGCUAACAAUGUCUUAAAAUUAGCAAUAGAUCUACUUAAGGAACUGGAAAGUCCAUUUAAAAUAUCGGGAUUAUCUGCUAAUCCAAUAUUGUAUAACGUGACAAAGUUGAUAAUAUUAUCUGCUUUAUCUGGUGUACUAUCAGAAAUGCUGGGUUUCAAAUUGAAGCUUCAUAAAAUAAAAUUAAAGUAAUUUGUUGAUAAGUGAUAUUAGAUUAUAGAUAAUUGUGAUUAAUUAGAUCUGGGGAUUAUAAUCUUCCUAAACUGAAAUCAUUUUUAAUAUGUUAUUUUAAUUAUUUUAAAAUAUAUAGACAUUUAUGUGGACACUA